CCAAUAAAAGAACUGUUCGCAAUCCAGGCUAGGCGCUCCAUACCGAGAGGAUGAGGCGACGCAGUCCGCUUCCAUCCAGCCGAUGCGCGCGUGGGAAUCGAUCCGGCGCGGAAGGGAGGCGAGGCGCGCGACGGCGCGAGGGGUCCGACUCGGGAGGAAGGCAAGGAUGCGGACAUCGAUGGGGCAGCGAUCCCCACUCGCCGCCUAUGAAUCCUGGCUCUGGAGGGAGGCGAGGAUGCAGUCAUCGAAGGGGCAGCGAUCCCCACUCGCCAUCGAUAAAUCCUGCUCUCGGACGGUGGCAUCAUGGGGCACUCUCAGACCGGUGCAGCCAUGGGGGUGGUCUCAACUGCCAGGGGAUGGAUCGUUGGCACUUGGCAGCAAGAAAGCAGAGAAACCAGAAACCCAGUCAUAGAUAGGAGGUCAGCAGGUGGCUAUAUAGAGACUUCGCUACUGUGGUCAUGCUGGGCAUCAGUUUGUCCUGUGAGUGGUGGAGAUGAUGGGAAGAGGGGUGACGAUGAUGGAUCGGCAGAGAAAAGGAUUCAGGAAUACUUCCCCAUGGCUUUUCUGCUGAAACUCAGUUUCUUCAUGGUAAAUUAUGGCUUGCUUAUCCACACAAGAUUCUCACUGAUCAACUCUUUUGCAUGCCCCCACAUUCAGCCUGCUCCUAUACAAUUCUAAUUUGGAAAUAAAAUGGGAGUCAUGCAUGGGUGGUUUUGGGAUUCAACUAAGGAUUUGUCAAGGCUUUCUGGUUUUGGUGUCACAUUAUCAAGUCCAUCCAACGAUCUACCUUUCAAACAAGAAGAGCAUUCACCAGGGGAGCUAUUAUUGUAUCUAUGUUCAAACCUGGAGUCGCCAGAGAUGUGAGCGGAGCCACACAUUCAUUAAGGAGUCCAAGCUCACGAGAACAUGUACACCAUCAUCGAGUGCACGUCCUAGACGACCCCGUGCUGUAACACCCCGUAUGUAACUUGCCAUAUUUGUAUUCCAACUCUUGCCAUUUCCGGCACUAAGUUAUGAUAUAUUCCUCGUUGUUGGGUUUU